UAUUUGUGUUUGCUUGAGUGUAUUUUUUCUUCCUGCAAUCUCUCUUUUUCUUAAAAUUAUAUACCAAUGAUUUUUUUUUCUUUUUGUUGAAUGUUGUCUUAAGCGCUUAGAUUCCCUGAUUCCAUUAUUCAGAAGUCCGCAUUUGUUCAAUCUCCCGUAAAACCUUUUCAAUAAAUGGAUCACUAACAUUUUUUUUUUCCCAUGAUGUUCAAUGAGUGACCUUAGCAGUUCUCUUGAAAUAAGAGGAUACUUCUGUCACAUUGCAUCUUCUUACUUACACGGACUAACCUACCAAUCCAGCUUACUACGUAUCACCCAGCGUCUGACCUCAAUCUCCCUUUUCUAAUGACUCAAAACUAAUUCAUCACGUUUUUUAUUCUGCGCCGUUGACUGUUCCCCGUCACACCCUGACUUUACAUUUCUAACACACGUUCCCAGGGUAGUAUCAGUAACUCAUCCUUCACCUUCACCUGCACCCAGCCCUGCCCCUUGGUUCAGACCUGUUGAUCACACACAGGCCGCCCCUCGUCACCCUGCGGGCCUAGAGAGGCAAGAUUCCGCCCCUGCCACAGCCAAGGCUCGUCACGUAGCACGGUGAAAUUCAAGCUCGUGUCCACACAUUCAUGAGAAGAAAAAAGCGACGAAAGCAACUCCCAGGAAUCAGAUCCGAUGUGGUAAAAGAGACUUGAGCCACCCGCGUCCAGCCAGCCAGCUGCCGCCUUCCCCGAUUUCCCCAUCUGCCCGUGACGUAAGUCCGGCCCUUCGGUCCUCGCCUGGGCUCGCUGGUGUGAGGUAUGGACAUAUCAGGGAAAGGUUCAACGCCCUAUAGGCCAAUAAGAACCCGGCGACAGGCAGACUCAAGGGUUAUCUACGUGGCUGAAUCAUGGAACGUAGUGUCGGCAUCUUUGUUCCCGUCCGCCGCGAGGAGUCACCAGGGAAAACGGUGCCGCGCCUGCUCGGUGGGCGGACCAGCGAGCCAGCUGAUGGCAGGGAGGCAGCAGACGACGUGAGGUGAGCCGCGUCCGCCGCCACAAAACAGCACGGCUGCCGCUGCCUUGCCUCAGUCUUGCCCCGCCGCUCCUCACUGCUCGCCCUUUCUCUUGUGAUCACCUCGUGCAAGCAGCCAUGGCCACGACCGCUGCCACCACUGCCGUCUACAGUCAGGUGUUUAAGAAAAAGUUGGCUGACGCGCUACGAGUCGGCACGGGGGGCGGCCUCUGCUUCUGCGGCAUCAACGUUUACUUCAAGAAUGACAAAUUCUACGACGACUGGGUGAUGCCGCUGUUCGGACGCCUCGAGCCAGAGACGGCGUACGCGGUGGCCCAGAAGGCGGCCAAGUACAACCUGGUGUCCAAGGAAAAGCUGCAGGAAUCCAGACUACUGGUGAGUACUCAGCCAAUGGCCGAGGGCGCCUUGGACCACGAGAAGACUCCCCUGCAGGAGGAGGAGGAGUCCAGUGUGACGUUCAAGUGUGUGGAGUUCACGAGCUCCGAGGAGGACCUGAUGGGUGCUCACACCGACACGGACCGACCGAGCGGCGUCACGUGUGAGUCGCUCUCGCCUUCCAAAGCUUACGAUUCCGAGUUUGAGGUGGAUGAGUCGUGCCUUGAGAUCUGCAUAGAGGACGAGGGAGGGUCGCUGCUCCGCGAGUCAGGCACCUGCGAGGAGUGCCGGGCGUGUCCCCCACAUGGCGGUGGGGAACCAUGCUGUGGCACCCACGGCGGGGGACGCGUCGCCUCCCGUCGGUACCUGAGCGAGUCGGGCUACCCCAGUAGUGACCUCUCCUGCUGCGGGUCACCGCGCGCCGAGAGGAACUGUGUCACGCCGGACUCCCCCUCGCUGAGCAUGCGUGUGAACAUUGCGUCUCCACUCCGCAGCAGCAAGAUGUCCCUCGCCACCAUGAUCGACGGCACCAACCCUGUGUACGACAGGGACCACCUGGACGAGGAGGACGAGUUGGCACUGGUGGACGAGGAGGCGUGCGAGGAGGCGCAGCUCAAACAGGAGCACAGGGAACAAGAAGAGGAAGAAGAAGAGGAGGAAGACAGGGAAGAAGAACUAAGGACAAGAGACGCUCUCCUCCCUCCCGAUUACGAGGGUCCCUGUGGCUUCCUGGGAGGUUCGGCGGUGGCGGUGGCCCGGCACGACCAGCUGGUCCUGGCCUCCAGCUAGGCACCGCGAUACACCCUUUGUUACUCACACACUUGCUGGCGUGCAUCUUGACAUAUCACACCACCUAAUACUUUCUUUCUAAUGUCAGGACCAUUCAUGUUUUUCAUUUUUUGUCGCAUUUUUUAUAUACGCGUUUGGAAGCGUCCCGGCUGGCGUGCAGGGUGUCCCGGGCCAAGAUGCUGGGAAGCACAGGGUAGCACAGGACUGACGAGAGUAGGAGUGUAAAUAGAAAGUAGCUGUGACUCAGUAUUAGUUAGAGGUUGACCCGCUGUGGUGUAGAGUAUACUUGUAUACGUAUACUAGACAGGCCUUAGUGGUGUGCAAAAAAAGAGAGAGAGAGAGAGAGAGAGAGAGAGAGAGAGAGAGAGAGAGAGAGAGAGAGAGAGAGAGAGAGAGAGAGAGAGAGAGAGAGAGAGAGAGAGAGAGAGAGAGAGAAUGCAAUUAACUAGAUGUCGUAAAUCACUUGCUGAAAAUUAAUUUAGAAAAAAAGUGUUCAUGUGUGUGCGUGUGCGUGCGUGCGUGCGUGUAUGUGUGUGUAAGUUUCUCCUGAAGGAGUAGUAUUGUAGAAAUUGAAAUCUCCUCUCGGGAAGGAGCAAGGAACAGAGGAGGAGAAGGAGGAGGAGGAGGAGGAGGAGGAGGAGGAGGAGGAGGAGGAGGAGGAGGAGGAGGAGGAGGAGAGCCGCGCGUGGGUCACCCUGUUCGCCCUGGCCGCCGCCCACCUGCUGGUACCAAGCUUUAAUAACUGCAAGGAAAUGCAACGCUUAUUUUUCUACUUUCCACUGAUAUGCAAGACAAUACUCGAGCAGUGGCCCGCAGAGGAAGAAUCACUAAGCGUACAUAACAAUAAAAAUGAUAGAAAGUGAGAAUUAUAAAUAUAUGUACAUAUUAUAUAUACGAGGAUUGUUUUCAUGAAAGAUUUUACAAGUAUAUUAAAGAAAGAAAUUAUCCGAUUCUAAAAAUUAAAAGAAGAUAUAUUCUUCAACAAUCUAGUACUUAUUUUUUAUUAGUUUUAUUUAAAAGCUUUACCUUAUUUAACUAUUUUGAUUAUCAUUUGCACUGCACUAACAUCAAUAUUUGUUUUUUUUUGUUAUCCUGUAUUGAUUUAAGCUUUUUAUAUUCAUUUUUUUUCUCUCACCUAAUCAAUUUUUUUUUUUAUUUUUUUUCAGUUCUGUGUGAGUUUUCAUUUCUUUUCUUUUCCCUUUGAUUUUUGACAGACGCCGCCUGCCCUCUAUGAGCCAGACGUCCCCACCCCCCUGCCGGACCUUGGCCCAGGAACACGUCCCCCUGUCCCUGAACACAACACUCUACAUCCACACUUCUCUUCCCCCAUCCCCCCUACCCCUCCCUCCGCACCUGGACGGAAGGGCGGCGCAGCUAAUACCCAUGCAUUCCUCAUCACCCAGACUCAUCAUCUAUUGUUUAAAGCUUCAGUAUUCCUAAGUUCCCGGGUUAAGUCAUGUGUAUGGGGUGUCAAUUUAAGUUACGUUAGCUGUCAACAUGCUUUCCUCACCAUUCCAAACUCAUACUUAUUGGUUAGUUUUUUUUUUAGCUUUAGUUUGUCUUAAGUCAUGUGUGUAUAGUUUACUUAUCUGUGUUUAUUGUAUUAAGUUUUGAUUUUUUCUCUGUAUUCUUUGUUUUAUAAUACAUGAUUCUGAGUUGUAUA